CGCCCGAGCCGCCUCCCGCCCACCUAGGAGCCGGGAGGGAGGGGAGCGGCGGAGGGAUCCCGUGGUGGCGCCCCGUGCGCGUGCGCAGCGAACAGCUGUCACCUAGUGCGGAACAAGUCUUCCAAAGAUUCCCAAAACCCUCAGGGGAGGCCGCACUUUCAUCCCUUUCAUUCGGGUGGCGUCUGGACCUCCGCCAGCGGCGCAGAAACAUCUGUAGCCAUCAUGGAGGUGGCAGAGGUGGAGAGUCCCCCAAAUCCCAGCUGUAAGAUAAUGACCUUCAGACCUUCCAUGGAGGAGUUUCGGGAGUUCAACAAAUACCUCGCAUACAUGGAAUCUAAAGGAGCCCACCGAGCAGGUCUUGCCAAGGUGAUUCCUCCUAAGGAGUGGAAGCCAAGACAAUGCUAUGAUGAUAUUGAUAAUUUGCUUAUCCCAGCACCAAUUCAGCAGAUGGUCACAGGGCAGUCGGGACUGUUUACUCAAUACAACAUCCAGAAAAAAGCCAUGACUGUGAAGGAGUUCAGGCAGCUGGCCAACAGUAGCAAAUACUGUACUCCAAGAUAUAUGGAUUAUGAAGAUUUGGAACGCAAAUACUGGAAAAACUUAACUUUUGUGGCACCUAUUUAUGGAGCAGAUAUAAAUGGGAGCAUAUAUGAUGAGGGUGUGGAUGAGUGGAAUAUAGCUCGCCUAAAUACGGUCUUGGAUGUGGUUGAAGAAGAGUGCGGUAUUUCUAUUGAGGGUGUGAAUACCCCUUACCUCUAUUUUGGAAUGUGGAAAACAACGUUUGCGUGGCACACCGAGGACAUGGAUCUCUACAGUAUUAAUUAUCUCCACUUUGGGGAGCCCAAGUCUUGGUAUGCUAUACCUCCAGAACAUGGAAAGCGACUUGAAAGACUAGCCCAAGGCUUUUUCCCCAGCAGCUCCCAAGGCUGUGAUGCAUUUCUCCGCCACAAGAUGACGCUGAUUUCCCCCUCAGUGCUGAAGAAGUAUGGCAUUCCCUUCGACAAGAUCACCCAGGAGGCUGGAGAGUUUAUGAUCACUUUUCCUUAUGGAUAUCAUGCUGGUUUUAAUCAUGGUUUCAAUUGUGCUGAGUCUACAAAUUUUGCUACUGUCAGAUGGAUUGACUAUGGAAAGGUUGCUAAAUUGUGCACUUGUCGGAAUGACAUGGUGAAGAUAUCAAUGGAUAUAUUUGUGAAGAAAUUUCAGCCAGAUAGAUACCAGAUUUGGAAACAAGGAAAGGAUAUAUAUACUAUUGACCAUACAAAGCCCACUCCAGAGUCUACUCCAGAAGUAAAAACAUGGCUACAGAGGAAGAAAAAAUUAAGAAAAGCUCCGAGGAGCUUGCAGGGCAAUAAGCCACUUUCAAAAAGGCCUAAAACUGAGGAAGAUGAAGAAAUUGCUGAAUUCAAUGGGGAGGAGGCCUCAAACCCUGCCGUGUGCCCUGGGCAUCUCACGGUCAUUGAGAAGCCAGAAAAAACAUUCAAGCUGGGGAACAAAGAAGCAUCUUCAGGAAAAGAAGCUUCUGAUACCAGGAUACAAGUAGAUCAAAGCUUACUGAAUGACACCAAGCUCUCAGGAAAAAGUUGCAUAAGUUCAUCUGUAACAGAUGAAAUGCAACCAGAAGAUGACACAGGCAAUGCUGUAACUUCAACAUCUAUGCUGAAGGAGGCCUCUGACCUCAUACCAUUUUCUCAUGGCCAUGUAACAGGCAAGGAGUCACAUCCACAGCUUGAAUCUCCCAAGAUAUCUUCCUCCCUGGCAGAAAGUAAGAGAAUAUUGACAGAGGGAGAAGAAAAUGUUGAAGAGGGCCAUGGAAAUAACCUUGAACCUGGGGAAAUCCCAGAAGCUCUUAAUGAAGAGAGAAAUGGGCUCAACAUUCCUAAGAUAAUAGAAGGAAAGCCAAAAACUACUAAGAGUUGGCGCCAUCCACUUGGUAAGCCUCCAGCCAGAUCGCCAAUGACUCUUGUGAAGCAGCAGGUAGUGAGUGAUGAAGAAUUGCCUGAGGUUUUAAGCAUUGACGAAGAAGUUGAAGAAACAGAGUCGUGGGCAAAGCCUCUCAUCCACCUUUGGCAGACAAAGUCUCCUAACUUUAUAGCUGAACAGGAGUAUAACGCAACUGUGGCAAAAAUGGAGCCAAACUGUGCAAUCUGCACGCUGCUCAUGCCAUACUACAAGCCUGAAAGCAGCAAAGAAGAAAAUGAUUCUAGAUGGGAGACAGCAGUAAAUGAAGUGGUUCAAUCUGGAAGAAAGACUAAACCCAUUAUUCCAGAGAUGUGUUUCAUUUAUAGUGAAGAAAAUGUAGAAUAUUCCCCCCCAAAUGCCUUCCUUGAAGAAGAUGGAACAAGUCUUCUGAUAUCCUGUGCGAAGUGCUUCGUGCGGGUUCAUGCAAGUUGUUAUGGUGUCCCUUCUCAUGAGGUCUGUGAUGGAUGGCUGUGUGCCCGGUGCAAGAGAAAUGCAUGGACUGCAGAAUGUUGUCUCUGCAAUUUGAGAGGAGGUGCUCUUAAACAGACUAAGAACAAUCAGUGGGCUCAUGUCAUAUGUGCUGUUGCAGUUCCAGAAGUCCGAUUCACUAAUGUCCCAGAAAGGACACAAAUAGAUGUAGAUAGAAUACCUUUACAGAGGUUAAAAUUGAAAUGCAUCUUCUGUAGACAGCGGGUUAAAAGGAUUUCUGGAGCCUGCAUUCAGUGUUCUUAUGGCCGCUGCCCAGCUUCGUUCCAUGUUACAUGUGCCCAUGCUGCUGGAGUGCUCAUGGAGCCUGAUGACUGGCCUUAUGUGGUAAACAUCACAUGCUUCAGACAUAGAGUCAACUCCAAUGUGAAGUCCAAAACCUGUGAGAAAGCCAUUUCUGUGGGUCAGACAGUCAUCACAAAACAUCGAAACACUCGGUACUACAGCUGCAGAGUGAUAGAUGUGACAUCUCAAACCUUCUAUGAGGUUAUGUUUGAUGAUGGCUCCUUCAGCAGAGACACAUUUCCUGAGGAUAUCGUGAGCCGGAACUGUGUGAAGCUGGGCCCUCCUGCGGAGGGAGAAGUCAUCCAAGUCAAAUGGCCUGAUGGUAAACUCUAUGGGGCAAAGUAUCUUGGAUCAAAUGUUGCCUACAUGUAUCAGGUUGAAUUUGAAGAUGGAUCCCAGAUAGCAAUGAAGAGAGAAGACAUAUACACUUUAGAUGAAGAGUUACCCAAGAGAGUAAAGGCUCGUUUCUCCACAGCCUCUGACAUGCGAUUUGAAGACACGUUUUAUGGGGCAGAUGUAAUUCAAGGAGAGAGGAAGAGGCAAAGAGUGCUGAGCUCCAGGCUGAAGAAUGAGUAUGUGGAUGAUCCUGUGUAUCGUACUUUCCUGAAGAGUUCUUUCCAGAAGAAGUGCCAGAAGAGACAGUAGUUGAUAACAUGCAGCAGCCACAGUGCAACUCAGACCAGAAGAGGGAAGUCAAAGGGACAGCCUUGGGGUACGGGAUACGCACUGGGACAGGUGGAGGGUGCUUCUCUGGUGUUGGUAAUAAAUCAGGCUUCUAGAGUUUGGUUACCAAGCAACCAAGAAGAGACCUAUUAGUUGCUUCUGUAAUCUGAUCACCCCUCAGUCAUUUGUUUGACCCCAAAGAAUAUUCCUAAGUGAAGGGAAAUAACAGUGAAUGGUCCACUAGAUAAAACUCCUGCCAGAGAAGAGGAGGUUCCCUCUCUUCGGCUCAGGUCCCUCCUCAGGGAACAUAUUUGGAGAUUCCUUUCCCCAACUCCCUCAGUGGAAGCCUCAUCACCCCAGAGGUAGAGUGACAAUUUAUGUAUUUUCCACAGCCAGGGAAUGAUUCUCACUCACAUUUGUUUAAGCGGCAGUUUUUAUAAAACAUUUUUAAAACACAAAUGGCAUGUAUGGUAAUGGAAUUUACCUGUGUGCUAUCUGUAUUCCCUUGUACAGAACUUUUCCAUUUUUUUAUAUUAUUACUUUUGAUUGUGUCUGAAAACUGAGUUGGUCUUUAUAAGAGGAAAUUUUUUGCUCUUGAAGAGGAAUUCAUAUGAAGUAUAUGGGAAUUUUAUAUAUUUACAGAGGAAAAAUCUUGGCCUGAUAUUUUGAACACUUCAUAAUUCCUGUUCUGAAUAGAUAUUUAUAAAAUAUAUAUUUCUUUCAUUAUGUGUUUGUAAAAAUUAGAGUUUAAAGAAAUAUACUUAAUGCAUAGUUUUAAACUAAUGUAACAUGAUUUUUCUUUGCAAAACAGCCUGGAAAUGUAUUAGUAUUUAAAAAUUAAAAUCUGUUUUCUCCUGUCC